GGGGUCCGGGGCCCCGGGGUGGGACAGCUAAAGCCUGGGUAUUUCAGCAAGACUGACGGGUGGCUUCGCCGCGGCUUCCCUGAAGCUAAGAAUCCGACCUUCAUGGUCCCGGGGCUCCAGCAGCCGAGAUGCGCCUCCACCUGCUCGUGCUGCUCGCGCUGUGCGGGGCGGGCUCUACUUCCGGGGCGCUCAGCUACAGCUUAGGAGGAAGCUGGAGGAUCCGCAACGGGAACGGCUCGCUGGAUCUGUUGGGGACGGUCCCCGGCUGCGUGCACAGCACCUUGUUCCAGCAGGGCUUUAUCCAGGAUCCUUACUAUGGAUUUAAUGACCUUAACUACAGAUGGAUUUCCUUGGAUAACUGGAUUUAUAGCAAGGAAUUUAAAAUUCCUUUUGAUAGCAGCAAAUGGCAAAUGAUAAAUUUGAUAUUUGAGGGAGUUGAUACAGUUUCAGAAAUCCUGUUGAAUAACGUCACUAUUGGGAAAACUGACAACAUGUUCACCAAAUACAUCUUUGAUAUUACCAAUGUGAUCAGAGACGUGAACUCCAUUGAGCUGCGUUUCCAGUCAGCAGUGUUGUACGCCACAAAACAGAGCAAAGCUUACACCAGCCGUGAGGUGCCUCCCAGCUGCCCUCCUCGUGUGCAGAAGGGUGAAUGCCAUGUCAACUUUAUUCGAAAGGAACAGUGUUCCUUUAGUUGGGACUGGGGGCCUUCUUUUCCUACCCAAGGAAUCUGGAAAGGUGUUAGAAUUGAAGCCUAUAAUAUUUGUCAUCUGUAUGACUUCACAUUUGUCCCAAUGUAUGACAAUAGAGCCCAGAUGUGGAAGCUUAAAAUACAGGCAUUUUUUGAUGUCAUCAGCCCAACUCCAGUUGGUGGUCAAGUGAUCAUAGCCAUCCCUGAAUUAAAAAUACAGAAGACAAACAACAUUAAACUUCAACCUGGAAAAAGGACUGUUGAGCUGUCUGUGAAAAUUAACAAGAAUAUUCCUGUGGAAACUUGGUGGCCUCAUGGACAUGGAAACCAGACUGGGUACAACAUGACAAUUCUUUUUAAACUGGAUAAAGAUUUAAAUAUUGAAAGAUCAGCUAAGGUUUAUUUUAGAACAGUAGAACUUGUAGAAGAGCCCAUAAAAGGAUCUCGUGGUCUGAGUUUCUACUUUAAGAUUAAUGGACUUCCCAUAUUUCUGAAAGGCUCCAACUGGAUCCCACCAGAUUCUUUCCAGGAUAGAGUAACUUCUGACUUGUUACGGCUCCUUUUGCAGUCUGUUGUGGAUGCUAACAUGAAUGUUCUUCGGGUGUGGGGAGGAGGCGUUUAUGAGCAGGAUAAGUUCUAUGAACUCUGUGAUGAACUAGGGAUAAUGGUAUGGCAGGAUUUUAUGUUUGCCUGUGCCCUUUAUCCAAAUGAACAGAGCUUCAUGUAUUCAGUGGCAAAAGAAGUUGCUCACCAGGUCAGGAGACUGAAGUCUCAUCCCUCUAUCAUCGUAUGGAGUGGCAAUAAUGAAAAUGAAAUAGCACUGAUGAUGAAUUGGUAUAAUGUGAAAAUAACUGAUCUACCAGUCUACAUACAAGACUAUGUGGCACUCUAUGUGUCAAACAUCAGAAAGAUCGUCUUGUCAAGGGACAAGAGUCGUCCUUUUAUAAUGUCUAGUCCUUCAAAUGGAGCUGAGUCCAUUGCAGAAGGCUGGGUCUCUCAUGACCCUAACAGCAAGAAUUUUGGUGAUGUCCAUUUUUAUGACUAUCAUAGUGAUUGCUGGGAUUGGAAAGUUUUCCCAAAAGCUAGAUUCGUCUCUGAGUAUGGAUAUCAGUCCUGGCCUUCCUUCAGUACAUUACAGACGGUCUCAUCUGAAAAGGACUGGUUUUACAAGAGCAAUUUUUCCUUUCAUCGACAACAUCAUCAACAUGGCAACGAUGAAAUGCUGUAUCAGGCUGGACUUCAUUUCACACUGCCCCAAAGCUCAGACCCCUUACGUCAAUUUAAAGACACCAUCUACAUUACGCAGGUGAUGCAGGCCCAGUGUGUCAAAACAGAAACUGAAUUCUAUCGCCGCAGUCGCAGUGAGAUAGUAAAUGGAGAAGGCCACACCAUGGGGGCACUAUAUUGGCAGUUGAAUGACAUCUGGCAGGCUCCUUCCUGGUCUUCUCUAGAGUAUGGAGGAAAGUGGAAAAUGCUGCAUUACUUUGCUCGAAAUUUCUUUGCUCCACUGUUGCCAAUAGGCUUUGAGGAUCAAGGUAUAUUUUAUGUCUAUGGUGUGUCGGACCUUCACUCAGACUCUAAAGUGCAGCUCACUGUGAGAAUCCAUGCAUGGAAUUCCCUGACACCUUUGUACUUCACUGUGACUAAACCUUUUGUCCUCAAAGCCGGGAAGGCUGUGUCCAUCUAUGAGCAACCAGUGAAUACAUUGCUGAAGACAUGUGGGAAUUGUACCCGACAAAACUGUGUGGUUUCCUUUUACCUCUCAACUGACCGUAAACGCGUUAGCCCCACCAACUAUCACUUCCUGUCUUCUCUGAAGAAUGCCCAGGGGCUCCUCAAGCCCCAGAUCACAGCCAGCAUCUCUCAGCAAGGUGACACUUUUGUGUUUGCUCUGGAAACCUCAGCUAUUGCUCCCUUUGUUUGGUUGGAUGUAGGAAGCAUCCCAGGGAGAUUUAGUGACAAUGGUUUCUUUAUGACCAAGAAGACACGAACUGUAUUAUUUUACCCUUGGAAACCUACCACCAAGUAUAAAUUGGAGCAGUCUUUUCAUGUGACCUCCCUGGCAGAUAUUUACUGAAGGAAUCCGGCUGUAUUUUCAGUGUACACUGGGAACAAAGCCUUUCUUGAGCAGCGGCUGGAGAGGAAGACCCCCUGAGAGAAGCCGAGGAAACAAGAGGUGCAUCUGCUUAUUCACAUGUGUCUGACACUCUCUCAAUUGGUACAGUGCAUACUGUCAGGGAAGGCUGUUCCUCCAGUGAUGGCCUCAGACAAGGCUGUCCUAGGUGUUCUUUUUUGCUGUUGUUGUUUUGCUGUUCUGUGGGUUGAACCCAGGGUGCCCUACCACUGAACUAUAACAUCAGCCCUUUUUAUUUUUUCAUACAAAUAAUAAAUGUUCUUAAUAAAAAUUGAACUCGCAAUUUUCCUGCCUUAGCCUCAAUGGGGAUUAUAGACAGGUGCCACCGCACCUGGUUUAGGUAUUCUUGAAUCUGUGCAAGAACUGUUUAGCCCUUCAACAUACAGCUUUAGUACUAAAUGAACCAGUGUCAAGCAGAUUACCUUUCAGGGAGUCAUAAGAACAUGACCCUGGUAAUGUCUACUGAGCCAAGUGUGGGAGGUUUUGAGGUAAUUGUAGGCCUUUCAUAGGUAGCCUUGAGAAAUACUGAAUUAUUAAGAUGAAGUGUUUUGUUAUUAUUUUCAGAGGAAAUGGAGGGUCAAAUGUCACAAUAGAGAUUUCUUGGUGGCACCCAUAUUGAUUAUUGUUGCUGAACAGUUUAGAAGGUUGAUUGUUGGUAUUUGAUUCCUAUUGUGGGGUGGGAUUCUUUUUUUCAUUUUGGGAUUUGUUAUAAAACAUUUUUAACAACAAAUUAUUUUUGAAAAGAAUCCUUUUUUGAAAAAUAAGCUCACAUUGACAUGGACAUUGCUAUGUUCAUGCUGGAAAUUUUGAGAUAUUCUGACAUGGGGCUUGUGUGUGGGCUUCAGAUUUGGCUAAAUUCAGUGAACUUUCUGAUUCAACAAUACUGAAUAUAGACUUCCUGGCUCUGGCACCAAGUGGUAUUUCCUUUAGCUUAAGUUUAAAUCAGUUUAUUUAUAUUGAUUAAUUAUAAGUUGCUAUAAAGGUACUUUAUGACACAUUAUCAUAUCAAUAUGGGUAUGUUGAUAAUAAAAGUAAUGGGGCGAAAUGUUAAUAAGUGACUAAAUUGGGUAUAGAUGGGUAUGUGAAAUUUUUUUGUACUACUUUUACACUUUUGCUGUAAGUUUGAAUGAUAAAAAUAAAAGUUAGAUAAAUUGCACUGACAA